GUUCCUGCUCACAAGUUUGAGCUUUCGUUUUUGCUUCUGGUGUUUUUCUAUGUGAGACUCCGAUUCAAGCCCUUUGGUCUCCUCCUGAAUACAGGAUUACUGUUUAGGAACUCCAACGCUGUGUUGUUGGUUUCCUGCACUUUGGGACCAGUCCAAGCUGAAAUGAUCCCGAUCUUCAUUGAAUGGCAUCGCAUUGUCUCCAUGGCAUUGUUGUAUCUGUGCGAUGAUACGUUUAAUGGAUGUCUCUUCACCUCCAGGGAGCUGGAGCUGGUGCUGCUGGACAUGCAGUCGGUUCCUGCGGGCCAGGAGGGCUGGCUGGCCUUCGAUGUCACCUCAGCCUCCAACCACUGGCUGCUCCACCCACGCAGCAACCUGGGCAUACGCCUCUACGUAGAGACGCAGGAUGACCGAUCCCUGUCUGCAGCCUGGAUCGGCCUGGUGGGUCGCAGGGGCCCCCGGUCCAAGCAACCCUUCAUGGUGACCUUCUUCAGGGAGAACCAGGUUCCGUGUCGGCCACCGCGAGCCGUCAAGCCCCACCCCAGGAGGAAGAAACACAAAUACGACCUCCCGGUCCCCAUCAUCAACAAUCGCAGUGCUGCUACUAAAGGCGAGCCGUGUAAAAAACACGAACUCUACGUCAGCUUCAGUGACCUGGGAUGGAAGGACUGGGUUCUGGCUCCUACUGGAUACUCGGCGUACUACUGUGAUGGAGAGUGUAUCUAUCCUCUGGGCUCCUGCAUGAACGCCACCAACCACGCCUUGAUCCAGCUCGUGGUCCACCUCAUGAAGCCAGAGGAAGUCCCUACAGCCUGUUGCGCUCCAACCAAGCUCAGCCCCAUUUCGGUCCUGUUCUACGAUGACAACAACAACGUCAUCCUCAAAAAGCAUCGCAACAUGGUGGUCAAGACCUGUGGGUGUCUAUGAAGUAAACAGAAAGUCUACCAGGAUAAACUGGACUUGUGAAGUACACAAAAUCACGAGCAAGUGUAUCACACAUGGUUUAAAUGCUGCUUCCGGAUCCAUCCGGCACUUUGUUACAACUGCUUUUAACACUUUUAUGUAAUGAAUUUUAUACCAAGUGCAACUUAAUAAAUAAAGUUGUCACGUCCCUCCGCUCACUAGGAGUGAUGUGGUGGAGGGAGUAAGAGAAAUAGUGUGUGGGUUUAAUAAUAACAAAGUAAUGUGUCUCCAACAAAGGAUUUUAUUAAACAAACACAAAGAGCCGCUAUAUACAAAAGGGAAAAAGGAUAACAAAAAGCUCCAAGCCAAAAGGGCUGGGAGGAGGAGAACUAACUAACUAAGAUAUUCGUUUACAAACAAAAAACACUAGACCAA